AUGUUAUUUUCAUUGCGAAACAUUUUUCCCCUCCUGAUUGACGGCUGUGCUGAAAGACCUGAAACGAAGCAAGACGCUGUUGAGAAAUUGUCAACAGCAAUGGGUGUAAAAAACUUUCUAAUAUUCUUGAUAUACAUCGCUAAUCCUCAACGUCUUCAAGGUUCAUCGCAAUCAUUAGCAGAUAUAAGUCUUCAAGGAUUAGAUGUUGAACCAGAAUUUGAAGGCACGAUUCAAAAUGUGACUUUUCCUGCCGGCAGAGAAGCUGUUUUAACGUGCUCGGUGAAGAAUCUCGGAAGAUACAAGGUUGGUUGGUUACGUGCAAGUGAUCAAACCGUGCUUGCAUUAGAAGAACGUGUCGUAACUCACAACGCGCGAAUUAGUGUCGUUCAUGAAGACAUGCGAACGUGGAGAUUACGAAUAAAGCAACUGCGUGAAUCAGAUCGUGGCUGCUAUAUGUGCCAAAUAAAUGCCAGUCCGAUGAGAAAGCAAAUUGGAUGCAUUGAUGUGCAAGUGCCACCUGACAUAAUAAAUGAAGAAUCAUCGGCAGAUAUAUCAGUUCAGGAAGGCGAAGAUGCGACACUGGUGUGUCGAGCGAUUGGACAUCCUCAGCCACGUGUAACAUGGCGACGUGAGGAUAACGAUUAUAUUUUGAUGAGAAAACCUGGAAGUAGGGAACUAGUUAAAGUUGAAUCUUACAAUGGUAGCUCUUUACGUCUUCCACGACUUGAGAGACGACAAAUGGGCCCCUAUUUGUGUAUAGCUCAGAAUGAUGUACCGCCUGCUGUCAGCAAACGAGUGUUAUUAAAUGUGCAUUUCUCACCAACCGUAAAAGCACCAUCACAACUUUUAGGAGCACCAUUAGGUUCAGAUGUACAGCUGGAGUGUCAAGUGGAAGCAUCGCCUUCACCCGUUUCUUAUUGGCUUAAAGGAGGGAGAGUUCCACCUAACGGAUUCAUUGGUGGAAUGAGUUCUGAAUCCGGACAACCACGACCAGAGAUGCUUUUGGAUGGGCCAAAAUAUGGCAUCACAGAGGAGCGAGUUGGAUUUCGUGGCAGGAUGAAGCUUGUUGUAAGAAAGUUCUCACCGAGCGACGUGGGAACGUAUCACUGUGUCAGCACGAAUUCGCUUGGGAGAGCUGAAGGCACUUUGAGACUUUAUGAAAUAAAAAUAUCGCCAGGUAGUGUUUCAACAGAUGAUGAUCAUUUAAAUUUCAUUGGAGGCUUAGCAGAAGCAGCACGAGGUCGUGGGAAUUCACAUUCAAACGUCCCAUCCUUUCGUCUUACUAUGGUUAGUGCUGCUAUGGUGGUUCUAUUAACGAUGUUCAUUUCUUGUGGGAUUAGCGAUGUGACAUUUUUAUCAAUUCACUUACCUCUAAUUGCCAGAUGACACCUAUAAAGAUUUUCUUAGUAACUCUUAAGAUAAGAAGAAUUAGUGACGAUGAUAGCUCAUUAAGUAGGAUUUUUUCAUACUUGACUUAACUGCUUGAAAAGGCAGACAAUCUGCUUAGAGUAUCUUCUCAGAAAGUAAGACUAAUUAAGUAAAAUCCAAGGAUGAAAUUAAACGUAACUCUAUUGACAGCUGCUGACAAGCUCUGAUCCGAAUCGAUCAAAAUAACACAGGAAAAAGUUUUUUUUUUCAAAUCGAACUUUUUCCUUUUUUUCCCUUUUCUCUCUUGACAUUUUUCUUGACAACUUUUUUUUGUUCUUUUUCGUCUGAUCGCAAACUACUAAUUCAGCAAUUUUUUUUCGUCUCACAACAUGAAUUCGAAGUAUUACAUAAUUUAUUAUCCGUAAUGGAGAUGAAUAUAAAAUAAUUAUGUGUAUCGGAGAAGAACUCACUCGACAUAGAAGUUUUCAGAGCUAAUUUUAUGAUUAAUUAUGCACACAUGUGUCAGAAGAGAAUGGCAAAGAAGUAAAUGAAUGUUUCACCAAG